CCAAACUUGGAUGAAUUUAGCGCUUCCAGCGUCUCCCAACAUUGAAAUACUUAUAAAUAGCCCCCUACCCCCUUUCCUGUUGAUAUCCAUACCAUACUAUUUAGCAAACAAAACAAUUGCAAGUAACCCCAAACUACAAACCAUCAUCAAAACGAAACAACGUUUUAGCUCUGUCUAUCUAUAUUACAAUGAGCUUUCGGCUAUCGAUAGAAAACUCGAAUGUUGGCAAUUCGUUGAGAAGGACUGCCUCCUGACUUAGCCUACUGGCUUCCAAUAAUUUCUCAAGAUGGCGGUACACUAUCCCCUGAAUGGCAUUGAUUUGGAUUUUCGCCGAUAUAAUUAUAGACCCAUUGGUGUCCGGGAUAUUAUGGCCAACCAAAUCAUGGAAGAUUGUAUGAAGCCAAGGAGAGUGCAGCCAGAGAUCUAUACACGCGUGCUUAAUCUGCAUCGACCCUUUCAUGAAAUUAAAUCUCGAGAUCGCACUAUAGGUCUUCACCUGCAGCUCUUGUCAAAACUGGUUGAUACCCAACCCAAUUGGACAUUCGAUGCAGUCCAUGCACGAGUAAACAUUAACUCCAGAAUAUCCGUCUUUGAACCCGCAUUCCUCAUGGUUCCUGGACUCGACGAGGAGUAUAUAACUGUAGAGGAUUAUCUUUUAUACCUUAUCGAACGGCAUCUACUCGAAUCUCAGCCUUCUAUGCGAACUCUGGUAAAGGCUCUCCGCUAUAUUCGUUUAAAAGCAAGCCUUGGACCCGAGCCUAGCCUGAAGAAAGACUUGCACCAGCAUCUAAAGAGCUUCCAAGCCCUUUCGAUAAAGGACCCACGCCUUUGUGUGUACUCCAAGCGACAUUACCUGCCCAUCAACGGCUCCUCCGCCGUGCGGUUCUGCAUCGACCCUUGUUUCAUUGGUACACCAUGGAUCAACCCCGUUACCAUGCGACUCUGCCCGAAUCGUGACUGGGACCUACUUCUCACCCUGAGACGCACCCCUUAUGGGAGGAAAAAGAAUCUGCAUGCAGUGAGCCUACACGACAGAGCAUACAGCAACACGCCAUCGCGGUCCCGCAGCACGCCCGCGCCUAAGGAUUGGGGCACAGCCGUCAUUCUCGGGCUCGACCGGUUCGACCCGACGGAGAAGCGCCUCCUCUACUUCCCGCGCCCGCGGCUCUCUGAACUCGACAAGAAGACGCGCCGCAGGAGCCUGAGCCGGACACACAUCCGCGCCAUGUUCAGCGACGUGCCGGAGCGCACCAUAACCGCGCGCAGGCUGAGGAAAGGCCCGCGAAGCACCAAGCACCCCUGCGCGAACUGCGCGCAGUACACCCACCUGACCAAGCACUGCGUCCUGAACUGCGGCUACUGCAACUCGCCGGACCACCAAGCGACCGUCUGCGCCGUCCAAAGCAAAAACCGGUGCAAGUGCCGCCCCUUCCCGCAGUUCCACACGGCGGCCGAGUGCUACGUCCGCUGCAGCCGGCGGUGCGGGUACCCGAACACGACGACGCGGCACUUCUACCACAAGAACGCGAUGCUCUGCACCUACCGCUGCUGCAUGUGCGGCAUCCGGCACCACUCGGGGAAUCAGUGCGCGCUGAAGCGGUGCCCCUGCGGACUGCAGCACCUCACGCAGGACUGUCGGUGGAAGGUGGAGUGUCCGGCCCAGGGCUGCGACUUCUAUCUCUGCCAUCUCCAUUGCCGGGAGUGCGGGACGCAGAAGAAUAAGGAGACGAAGAGCUUGUUUGUGGGCAGGACGUGCCCGGACUGUCUGCGGAAUGGGAAGCCAGUGUCGGCUAAGGCUGAGUGAAGGAUAGGAGGUGCUAAAGCGAAGUGGGCAAGCAUGAUACCCGAGAUUCCCAAGGCCAUACAUGCACAUACUAUAGAUGCCUUAGCAUGACACUUAUUUACGGUAGCUUUCAAUUAUAUAUGAAAUAAGGAUCUUAUGAAA